ACACACACACACACACACACACACACACCCUCUCUCUCUCCCCUUGGCUUCCUCCUCCUGUUAGAGCCGUCUGUCUCUCUGUCUCCCCCACAUGUCGGUCGUCAGCUCUCUGGUUCCCAGCCAAUCGGACGCAUGUCUCUCCACAGAGGAACUCAGACUGCUGGUCGGGCUACACGUCCAACUCUCUGACUAGUGGGUCCUUCAACCCAACUUUCCCUUCCUCCAGAAGAGGCUGAGCCGGAGGACAGAGCAGGGGAUAUUCGUGUUGUGCUGUGUGUGUGUGUGUGUUGGUCCAUCGGUCGUUACGUCAUUCAACCCCGGGCUGCAGGGACCAGCAGAGGGAACCAGGUCUCGUUUAACUUCAGCCCCUGGGUGGAGGGGAUGCUGGUGAGGCGGUGAAGUUCUGCUGGUUCAGCCAGGGACCACAGCCCGGGGGACUACAGCUGGGGCCAUGGACUCAUCAUCGGGUCAGAGUUCAGCAGCAGCAGCAGCACACAGAGCUCCGAGGGUCCGGUGAGUGGAGUCCGUCUGAGCUGGAAGGGAGGAACGAUGGGGAACUCCUCUGGAUGUCCGGAGCCUCCGGCGGGGAAGGAGCCCAGGCUGGUGUCCUCUCCCCCCAGCGUGCAGAAGCCCAGGGCGGGGAACAAAGUACCGCCGCCCCCGGAUGAGGAGCUGGAGGAGCGCUUCAACACACUUUUGAACACGAUGAACCUGCCGGCUGAUAAAGCCAAGAUGCUGAGUCAGUACGACAAGGAGAAGAAGUGGGACCUCGUCUGUGACCAGGAGCGCUUCAAGGUGAAGUGUCCUCCCUCUGCAUAUUGUGAGAAGCUGAAGGGCUACGUGGACCACGGAGGAGGGGUCGCCAGGAAGUUUAGGAAGCAGGUCCACGAAUCCACCCAGGUUCUACGAGAGCUGGAGAUCUCUCUGCGGACCAACCAGAUUGGUUGGGCUCAAGAGUUCCUGAACGAGGAAAACCAGGGUCUCAAGGUGCUAGUCGACUACCUGUCCUUCGCCCAAAGCGCUGCCAUGAACGAUAUGGAUAGUUCAGAUGGCAGCUCCUUGCUUGGGUCAGAGAAAGGAAAACUGGACAAGUCUCUGGAAGACCUCCACCGCACCAGCAGUAACUCCCCCAGCCACGGGGCUUCAAAGGGCAGCAAGAUCUUCACAAGCAGGAAAGUUCUGCGGACGUCGCGCGGCGUGAGCCCCAAGGAGGACGUCCACCUCUGCAUCAUGUGCUUACGGGCCAUCAUGAACUACCAGUCCGGCUUCAACCAGGUGAUGAGUCACCCGUCCUGUGUCAACGAGAUCACGCUCGGCCUGAACGACACAAACCCAAGGACCAAGGCGCUGGUGUUGGAGCUGCUGGCGGCCGUGUGUCUGGUGAGAGGAGGUCAUGACAUCAUCCUGGCCGCCUUCGACAACUUCAAAGAGGUGUGUGGAGAGAAGCUGCGCUUCGAGAAGCUCAUGGAGAAUUUCUGUAAUGAGGAGAACAAAAUCGACUAUAUGGUGGCGUGCAUGCAGUUCAUCAACAUCGUGGUUCACUCAGUGGAGGACAUGAACUUCAGGGUCCACCUCCAGUUUGAGUUCACACACCACGGCCUGGACGCCUACCUGGAGCGCCUUAGUGACACAGAGAGCGAGCGGCUACAGGUGCAGAUCCAGGCCUACCUGGACAACCUGUUCGACGUGGCAGCUCUGCUGGAGGACGCAGAGGCCAAGAAUGACCUGGUGGAACACCUGGAGAGAGUUCAGCAACACAACACACAGCUGAGCUCAAGGCUAGAGGUGGUGCAGCAGGAGUCUGAGGAGAAGGUUUCCGAGCUGGAGAAGACACUGAUGCAGACCACUAAAGAGACAGAGCUUAUCAAGGAGAGUCUCCGAGAGUCCUGUUCCAAAGUGGAGGAGCUGCAGCAGAGAGAGAGAGAGAGGGAGAUAGAGCGAGAGACUGAGCGGGAGAAGGAGCUAGAGAGAGCGCGAGAGAGAGAGAAAGAGCGAGAGAGAGAGCAGGAUCUCCAGCACUCCACCCAGGCCCUCAGAGAGCUUGAGACCAAGGUCCAGAUCCUGGAGCAGUUGGAGUCCCAAGUCCAGGUUCUGGUGGAGCGGGGCCUGGUCCGACUUGAGCGGACGCCGUCCGGACAGGUUGACCUGCAGGUGGUCUCUGUAGACCCCCUGGUGUCUCCCACAGUUCAACACAAUAUCACGGAUGUCCUUCAGGACCUCCCUACUGAACCACAAACCCCUCCUUCAGAACCAGCAGCUUCUUUCCUCACCGCCGCUGAAGAAGCUCCCUCAUUGGCUAGUGUUGAACAAGCUCCGCCUCCUUAUCCAGCUCCACCCCCUCCUGCUGCAGCCCCACCCCCACCCCCACCUCCUCCCCCUCCCCCUCCCCUUCCUCCUCCUCCCCCUCCAGCGCCACUCGCUCCCCCUCCUCCACCGCCCCUUGGGUCUGCUCCUCCACGGAUAGGUGGAGAAGAUAAAUCCACAGUCCACCGCAACAAGAAGACCAUCCAGACCAAGUACCGCAUGCCGCUGUUCAACUGGCAGGCCCUGAAGCCCGACCAGGUGGAGGGCACCGUCUUCAAAGAGCUGGACGACGAGCACGUGCUGGGGGAGCUGAACAUGGAGGGCUUCGAGGAGCAGUUUAAGACCAGGUCCCAGACAGCCCCGGUGGACCUGGGCACGCUGAGGGUGAGGGUGGUCCACAAGACGCCCAGCAGGGUGCCCCUCAUGGACCCCAACCGGGCCAAGAACCUCGCCAUCACCCUGCGCAAGGCGGGGACCACCCCGGCCAACAUCUGCACCGCCAUACAGACGUACAACCAGGAAGCGCUGAACCUAGACUUCCUGGAGCUGCUGGAGCGCUUCCUGCCCUCCGACUACGAGCUGAAGCUCAUCCAGAAGUACGAGAGCGAGGGCCGUUCCCUUGAGGAGCUGGGCGAGGAGGACCGCUUCAUGGUGCAGUUCAGCAAGAUUCCCCGGCUGGCCCAGCGAAUCAGCACGCUCGCUUUCAUGGGGAACUUCCCCAGCGUCAUCGUUUCACUCCAGACGCAACUCAACGCCAUCAUCGCUGCCUCCAUGUCCAUCCAGUCGUCCAGCAAGCUCAAGAAGAUCCUCGAGAUCAUUCUAGCGUUUGGGAACUACAUGAACAGCAGUAAGCGUGGCGCAGCAUACGGCUUCCGACUGCAGAGUUUAGACCUGCUGCUGGAGACCAAAUCCACAGACAGAAAGCAGACAUUGCUGCACUUCAUAGUGGACAUCAUCCAUCAGAAGUACCCCGAGCUUCGCUCAUUCUACACAGAGCUGCACUUCACCGACAAAGCUGCCCAGGUCUCUCUGGAGGGAGUACUACUGGACGUGCAAGCUCUAGAACGAGGCAUGGAGGUCACCAGGAGCGAGUACGAAACAGAAGCAGAAAACGCCGUCCUGAGUCACUUCCUGUCCAGCACGGCCGCGCCACUAGACGCCGUGGUUGCCGACGCCAACACCGCCCAGGAGGCGUACGCGACGGCCGUGGAGUACUUCGGAGAGAGCCCCAAGACCACCACGCCAUCCGUCUUCUUCCCUGUGUUCGCCCGCUUCAUCAAGGCGUACAAGCAAGCCGAGCGGGAAAACGAGCUGAGGAGGAAGCAGGAGAAAGGGACCGCCGACGCUCCUCCCACUUCACCCAAACCCAAAUUCACGGAGAACAAUAAGGUCCCUAUGUCUCCCAGGUUACCCCAGAUGGAGCUCCUGGCCGAGCUAAAGAAGCGACAGAGCGCUCCGCUGGUCAGAGAGGGGAAGGACGGCGCCAUAGAGGACAUCAUCACAGCUCUUAAGAGUGUGCCCUUCACGGCUCGCUCGGCCAAACGGUCGUCUCGUUUCUACAGCGACGCCGUCUCCUGUGACGACGGACUGUGCUAGCUCCCUGCGAUCUGAGGAACCAGCCGUACCGCAGGGCCGACGGCGGAAGGCGAAGUGCCAAGUGGAAAACCUCCCAGCAGCUCCAGGUCUCCUCAGACAUCUCCCUCUGAGCGCCUGGAACACACCAGACGAGACCAGAUCCGACCAGACAAGACCUGGUCAGACCUGAUCCCACCCGAUAAAUGAUGCUAGCCCAGAUUAAACUAGACCAGACCAGACGAAACCAGAUCAGAAUAACAAGAUUUGUGCACAAAGAGCUGCAUGUAGAGGCCAAGCAGGAAUAGGAUCAUAUAUAAUAUAUACAUAAAGUGCUGUCUUCAAAGUGACAGAACAAGGUCAGAUCUCUGCCACCAAGGACUAAGAGUCGCAUAAGAACACACACACAAGCAUGCACACACACACACACACACACACACACACACACACACACACACACACACACACACACACACACACACACACACACACACACACACACACACACACACACACACACACACACAGCGGUUCCUUUCUUGUUAAACAUCUCAUGGUUCUUUUUCCUUCAGAAUCUGUUAUGUGUUUAGACGAACAGGGACAUGCUAAUGCUAAUUCUUAUUAUUUCCAUCUCGACCGGUUCUGUUAGACAAUCAUUAGAAAGAGGAACACCAAUCAGAAACGAUGGGAUAGACGGAGCUGCCGGUUGCCUAUUUACCAUGAUGCAUUAGCAAUGCUUACAUUUAGGUUGUUAGAGAUGGUUGAGUUUAGGUCUAAUGGUGGUUAUGUUAAGGGCGAAAAAAAAUUGAAGGUUGCAUUUAGGGUGUGGUUAAUUCAGCGUCAGGACAUUGGGGCAAGCAAUGCAUCAUGGGAAAAAAACGUAAAAGCAGCGCUCAAAUCAAGGGGUUUAUUGAGUUAAUCUUUGAACUCUAUGAAAGUGUAAUAUGACUGGAUAAAAUUGAAUGUGCAUGCUUUAAUCAUCUGAGAGAAUUUUAGAUAAACACGUUAAAAAUUGAAAAGAUACAUAAUAUUUUAUUAGCUAUAUUUUUCAUGAAAUUUGAACUGCAAGAUGAUAUGAUGUUCUAAUAUUUGUAGUUGCAUAUAAUACAACAGAAAAUAGAACUGGAUGAAAGUGUUUUUAUUUACUUCUGUUUUUCAAUUUUAAAUUAAUAAAAUUUUAUACCAGUGGA